CCACACAACCGGCGGCGAGGGGACGCGGGACUGCAGCCAACUCUCAGCAGCUAACAAGGAUGAGGAGGGCAACAGUGUGGGCAUCUGCAGUACUGGUCCUGUGCCUGGCGGGCCUCUGUGAGUCGGCCAGGAUCCUCUGCCUGAUGAGCACCGUCUCUCGCAGCCACCACAUCUUCAACCGGGCCCUCACGCUCGAGCUCGCCAAACGCGGUCACCAGGUGACCGUGUUCACUCCAGACGGGGAGAAGAAACCUGUUCCCAACCUCCGGGAGAUCCUGAUAGAAGGGGCAUACGAGGCUGCACAUGAAGAUUUCGGCUACGAGACCUUCGCUGAAAUGAGUGAGAUGGACAUGGUUGGCGAAAUUUUCGGCUGGGGUGUAACCACUUGCCGUCACACCUUAAAGUCGAAAGGUGCCCGACACCUGCUAGAACUGGCGAAGAAAGAAGCUUUCGAUCUCGUCAUCAACGAAUACGGCCUACAGGAAUGCCUGCUGGGAUUCGUCAGCAAAUUCGGCAACCCUCCAAUGAUCGGCAUCGCAGCCUACCCCAGUCCUCCAUGGGCAAAUGAGGUGGUGGGGAACUUCCAGAACCCGUCCUAUGUGAACACUUACAUUUUGCCUUUCACGGACCACAUGACAUUCACGCAGAGGAUGCAAAACUUUCUGCUCGAUAACUAUGCGUCUCUCUACCGCAGGUUUUUGUACAUGCCGCAGCAGGAUGAGCUCAGCAGGAAGUUCUUCGGCGACUCUACGCCGCUGCCCAGCGAGGUCGAGAAGAACGUCAGCUUCGUGAUGGUCAACACCCACUUCAGCACGGACUACCCAAAGCCGCUGGUGCCGGCCAUCAUAGAGAUCGGCGGGCUGCAAGCGAAACCUCCACAGCCGCUACCCAAGGACCUGAAGGAUUUUCUCGACUCUGCAAACGAAGGGGCUGUCUUCAUGAGCCUGGGCACCAACAUCCGCAGCGAUAAGCUUGGCGAAACCAGCAGGCGGGCCUUCCUGGAGGCCUUCCGGGAGCUGCCGCAGAAGGUGCUCUGGAAAUGGGAGUCCGACUCCCUGCCUAAUCAGCCGUCCAACGUCAAGAUCAUCAAGUGGGCUCCUCAAAACGACAUUUUGGCGCACCCCAAUGUGAAGGUGUUCAUAAGCCAUGGGGGGAUGCUGAGUACCAUGGAGGCGGUGUACCAUGGCGUACCCAUAGUUGGUGUCCCAUUCAUGGCGGACCAGUACCCCAACCUGCGCAGAAACGUGGCCAGGGGUACAGCUGUCGAACUGGACACACUGAGAUUGACCAAGGAGUCCGUCUUGGAUGCGCUCAACAAAGUUCUCAACGACCCCAGCUACGAGCAGCGCAUGAAGCGGCUGUCGGCCAUCUACCGGGACCGGCCGCAGACAGCCCUGGAGUCGGCCGUGUGGUGGACGGAGUACGCCCUGAGGCACCAGGGGGCGCCAUACCUGCGCUGCGCCUCGCUGGACCUCCACUGGUUCCAGCGCUGGCUGCUCGACGUAAUCGCCUUCCUCCUGCUGGUCGCCGCUGCCGCGUCCUCAGCUCUGUACCUCCUCACCAGGAAGGUCCUCUCGGCGCUGUUCCAGGAGGGCGGCAAGCUCAAGAGGUCGUGACACAGCAGUCCAGCUCUGGCAGCUGGCGACCCUGACAGUACAAACAAAACUUCCCAGUGUUCCAUAGUCUACAUUCCCAUUCAAUUCUUGUCAGAAUUGUAUCACUGUUAUCAUAAACGAGCUGCAAAAGGAAA